AUGGCGGCGCCGGAGGAGUUUGAUUACCUCGUCAUCGGCGGCGGCUCCGGCGGCAUCGCUUCUGCGCGGCGGGCGGCAGCGCACGGCGCCAGGGCGUGCGUGAUCGAGCGCUCGCGGUUGAAUACAUGUCCAGCCGAAGAGGUCCCAGAUAACAAGAAGGUGAUGUUUAACGCGGCGACCGUCCUCGAGAUGAUCCACCAGUCGGAGGGCUACGGCAUCUCGGUGGGCGGGGCGAGCUUCGACAUGAAGGCCAUCAAGGCCAAGCGCGACGCGUACGUGACGCGCCUCAACGGCAUCUACGCAAACAACUUGGCAAACUCGGACGUGACGUUUGUCGAGGGCGACGCUCGCUUCACCGGCCCAAAGACGGUGGCGGUCGGCGACCGCACUCUGACCGGCAAGGCAGUGCUCAUCGCUGUGGGCGGCCGCCCCUCCGUCCCUGACAUCCCUGGCGCAGCAGAGCUCGGCAUCACUUCGGACGGCUUCUUCGAGCUCGACUCCGUCCCCGACCGCGUCGCCGUGAUCGGGUCCGGCUACAUCGCGGUCGAGCUCGCCGGGAUCCUGCAGGUGCUCGGCUCCAAGGUCGACCUCUUCAUUCGGGGCGCGACGCCGCUGCGCUCGAUGGAGUCGGACGUGGUCGAGCGGCUGGUGGGGGAGAUGGAGGCGGCGGGCAUCACGAUCGUGCGCGGCGAGGCGGAGGCGAUCAGCGGCGACGCGGCCUCGAAGACGGUCGUUCUCAAAGACGGGAAGGGCGAGCACGGCGGGUACGGGCAGGUGCUGUUUGCGACGGGGCGUGAGCCGGUGACGGGCUCCCUCGACCUGCCCGCUGCGGGCGUCGAGACGGCGCCGAGUGGGCACAUCGUCGUCGACGCGGCGUCGCGCACGUCGAGCGAGGCUGAAUUGCAGCUGGCGUAUUCAGCACGUAGGCCCACCGCCAUCGCGGCGGGCCGGCUGCUGUCGGACCGGCUGUUUGGAGGCGCCUCGGAGGCGGACACGCUGAUGGACUACGACUUUGUUCCGACCGUCGUGUUUUCGCACCCGCCGCUCGCGCAGGCGGAGGCGAUCGCGCGGCACGGUCCGGACGCGGUGGCGGUGCACAAGUCGACCUGGGUCAACAUGCUCUACUCGCGCGAGUUUUUGGUGGACGGGCAGCACAUGCCCAAGACCUUCGCGAAGCUCGUCUGCGUGGGCCCGGAGCAGCGCGUGGUCGGGCUGCACAUGAUCGGCCUCCCUCGCCACCUGCGAGGCGCGGCCGCCCCGCUCUCCUCCGGGGGCUUCGCGCUGGCGAUGAAGAUGGGCGCGACCAAGGCGGACUUUGACUCUGUCGUCGCCAUCCACCCCACCUCCUCCGAGGAGCUGGUUACCAUCCCGCCGUGGCAGGCGCAUCCAGUCACAGACUCCCCCGCGGAAGUCCUGUGCGCACUUGGCUCACCCUACGGCCGUGCGCAGGCAAAGUACUCUCUGCGGCCCGACGCGUACACGCCGUCGUACGAGGAGGAGCCGGUGCCCGCCAAGGCGCGCUGA